CUGAGACGUGUGUCUCGCGGGGACACCUUUAAUCGAAGUGGUGAGAUUUAAGAGUGGCGUGGGCAGACAAGGCAACAAUUGCCGAUCGGUCUGUGAGACAUCGAGAGUAACAUCUUCAGUCAUCAACAGCAACAGUUUGCAACGGCAAGCAGGAUGAUCACGAAGGGGUACGGGGAUAGUAGCCCGGAACGGGACCGAGACUGGUCUGCCGAGGGAUCCUUCGAGGACCAGGUAUGGCUGAGGGCCGUCUACGGUGUCAUAGCCGUGCUUGGCAUCACCGGCAACGCCUUGGUCAUGUUCACGGUGGCCAGGGUGCCCUCGCUACGCUCCUUGACCAACAUGUUCAUCGUGAGCUUGGCCGUCUGCGAUCUCAUCACCUCGGUGUUUCUUAUCCCGCUUCAUCUCGGAUUCGCAAUUUCCGUGCCACCAGGUGUUGCAGGCGACCUGCUGUGCCGUCUACUGCUGUCCAAGUUCCCCCUCUGGACCAGCUUCAUCGCCUCAGUGCUCACUCUGACUUGCGUCACCUUAGAGAGGUACUCAAGCAUCGUGCACCCCUUCCGCUACGAGGCGCUCUUCACCCCCCGGAAAGCCAUCGGCAUGAUCAUUUGCAUAUGGGCCAUGGCCGUGCUCAUGAAUAGUUAUUUCUUCUACAUAUUUUACAGCGACAGCGGCCGAUGCAUCAUCCAGUGGCAGAGCACGGCCUGGCGGACGUUUGUGGGCGUGGCCAACUUCUCGGUCAUUUACAUCUUCCCGCUGAGCCUGAUGGGCUUCUCCUACUGGCGGAUCAUGCAUAAUUUGCAUAAGAGCGCCAUGAAUAUGCGCCAAUCAACGUCGUCAAAUGGUACAGAGAACCAGCUGUCGAGGGAUCUCCUCACCGCGCGCAAGAAAGUCGUCAAGAUGCUGCUCACGGUCGUGGUGACUUUCGCCGUCUGCUGGGCCCCAAACCAGUUCAUGUUCUUCGCCUACAUGUGCGGCUGGAACCUAGACUUCUCUGCCUGGUAUUACCACGCCAGCGUACUGCUUGCGUUCUGUAACUCGUGCAUGAACCCGAUCAUUUAUGGAUUUAAGAGCAAGCAAUAUCGUGGAACGCUCAAGAAGGCACUUGGCUGUAGAAACAAAGUCGGGGCUCGCGCAAAUAUGUUAUGUAGCAUGACCAGGUUUGGUGGUACCGCAGAGAUAAGAGGCUGUCCGGAAGACCAACGGCCGAAGGACUACAUCAGGCCCAGGUGAAACAAUUAAUAAUCAUUUGUGGUUGACAAACCACAUGGAGCUUGGUUCGCCUGUAUGAUACACCAUAAAGAAGCAGAGCUAGCGCAAAAGA